GUGACAGCGUCUACAAUUUUUUUUUCUUUUUUUCUUCUGAAUUUACUCUUCAACUCUUCACUUAAAAUUACAUCAUUUCGUGUCGCCGGCUGGAAAGAACUGGAAAAGCAGAUUUACUAGUGUUCCGUCGUGCGAUUUUAUAGGAAACAGUUGAAGGACAAUCACCCAGAGACCGAAAGGAGAUGCCGGCAGUCGAUCCAGCGCCCAAUCACCACGAGAACGGCAAAGAACCGGCACCAUGUCGAACGUGCAUGGAUUUCAAAUCCUGGUCCAAACAGCAACGUAAAACCCUGACCACCGUAAGCAGCCCGACGGCGGCCACCAAGUCCUCGUCGGAAGUCACGCACAGGAAAGUAGAGGGACCAGAAGAUCGGACGACCGGUCCGCCAGCAAAUUGCCCUCUAGACAAGGAGCAGCUCGGUCAGCAGACCUGGGGAUUACUACACACGAUCGCCGCCUACUAUCCAACGACACCGACCGAGGCGGAGGAACGAAAUGUGCGAACGUUUUUCACCAGCUUCUCCAAGUUGUACCCCUGCGAGUAUUGUGCGAAGGAUUUCCAGCAAGAGUUGAAAGAGACGCCUCCGGAAACGAAAUCGCAGCAUGCGCUAUCCCAGUGGCUCUGCAGAAUACAUAAUCGCGUGAACGUGAAGCUCGGCAAACCGGAGUUUGAUUGCUCGAAAGUGAACGAACGGUGGCGAGAUGGCUGGUUGGAUGGUUCCUGUGAUUAAGCACCAGAUA